GGCAGCAUUUGGUGUCUUUUUCACAGAACCAGCACUGAAAUCUUCAUUCAACACGCUUCGCUACAUUUCCACUCUAUGUAAGAGAUUGACUGCAAGGAAAGCCAUGAGGGUGCAAACCUUCUCCAGGACGCAACUUCUCGAGGAGUUUCGCUCUCGCUGCCAGGAGCUCGCAGCAGAUAACAGCCGGGGCUUUAAACAGGAGUUUGAGGAGCUAAAUGAAGUUGGCAAAGACCUCCCGACCAGGGCGGGAGACACGGAGGCCAACAGAGAGAAGAACAGAUACCCCUACAUACUGCCCUAUGACCACUGUCGCGUGAGGCUGUCGGUUCAAAACGCCAACCCACACAGCGACUACAUCAACGCAAAUUUUGUGCCUGGCGGAGGAUCAGAGAGGGACUUCAUCUGCACCCAGGCUCCGAUGCAUAACACCAUGGCUGACUUCUGGAGGAUGGUGUGGGAGCAGAACGUCAGGAUAAUCGUCAUGGUGACAGCGCUGAGACACAAGGACAUAGUGCUGUGUGAUAAGUACUGGCCUCUGGAUCCAGGAUCAGUUUAUCAUGGACUGAUCCAAGUGACAACGGUGACCCGUAAACAAGGCCCAGAUUAUUUUGUCUCCACCAUUAACCUCAGAAAGAGAGACUGUCCGACAGACAGGAUAAUAACACACUACUACUACCCUUCCUGGCCAGAUCAGGGCAUCCCUAAAGACGCAUCACUCUGUGCCUUCACUGAGCAUGUGCGGCAGAAUUUGGAAGCCACCCCCCGUCUGGGGCCGGCUGUGGUGCACUGCAGUGCAGGUGUCGGGCGUUCUGGGACAUUUGUGACGUUGUUGUGGAUGAUGCAGCUGUGUGUGAGGGGCAUCCGGCCUGAUGUCCGGGCAGCUGUGGAGGAUCUACGGCUACAUCGAAUGUGGACGGUCCAGAAUCGGGACCAGUACAUAUUUGUUCAUCGGUGUCUGCUGCACUGGCUCAGUGAAAGAGCCUCGGCAGGCCCACAGACUCCCGGAGCCAGUUCAAACGCUAACCAACGCAAUCAGGGUCGACCCCACAGCUCCUCGGCACGGGAGCACCGAGAAGGGAGAAGGAGGCAACACCGGCGUCGAGCGUCGGAGCAACCACAGAACUCGGUGCAGCAGAUGCUGAACCCUGGAAACAUACUGAGGAGGAUACUGCCUUCUUCCUCACUGUUUAAAUCAGGCUCACACACUUCCUGAGCUCACAUUCUGUAUAGCUGAUACAAAAAAAAACAAAAAACAAAAAAACACAAGCAUGGAGACAUGGCUGGAAUAUAAAAAAGCCCUUGAAGGAGGAAGGAGGAAAAAAGACUGGAGAAAUAACAUGGUGCGUGCUUUCUGAUGCCAGGCCCCGCAGGAGGAAAACUGGCCUGACAACAUGCAAAUAAGUGCUGGCGGAGAAAACACAGACGCUGCAGAUUGUAUUGUCACCAGAAGGGAGAAAUUAAGGAGAGAACCAGCCGUUCGGGUCAAACCUGUUCCUCUGCUGUGGAUUACUGAGCGUGACAUUCAUGAGAACAAUUCCACCUGUGCAUGCCAUUAAAUACAGAGGGUUAGGUCACAUAAAACAGAAAACACUCAUGUUAACCCAAACUGUCUAUUUGUAAAGCUACCAAAAAAAAUGUAGUCAUUGUUUUUGUAUGUUUGUUUUGCCCCAUUACUGAUGAAGUGAUGCUGUGAGAUGACUUUUAUUAAGGUUUUCUUUUCCCUUGAAAAAUCAUUGUGCAUCAUUUUAUAUCACACAAUGCAGGCUAUCAGUGCUUAAAGGAUAAGUUCAACUUAGAAAUUAAAAAAAAAAAAUCAGUCUUAUCUACUCAACCUCGUGCUGAUGGAGAGUCAGGUGAAGUUUCUUUCUUUCUUUUUUUUUUUUAAACAAUUUAACACAAGUCACCAUCUACCUCAGUUGUGCUGCAGAAAUGUUUUGUGGACUACGACACGUCACCUGACUUUCCACCGGCGUGACAGUGAGUACAUAACGACAAAAUUCUCCUUUUUCUGUGAACUUAUCCUUUAAGGAUGCAUGUGCAGAAAGGCAGACACAUGGUAUAGUGGCUGUACAAAAAAGGUCAUGUUUCAAAAACACACAGGCACUGCCAUUCUCCUUAGAUGACUGAACCCAUUACAGUACAUGAAGGAGCUAUGAGUAUUAUACAUUAUAGAACAUUAAGGGCUAACCCACUUUUUUUUCCUUUUUUUUAGCGUCUUUCAUCUGUCAUGUAAUAAACACGUAUCAUACAAUAGAUUCCUCUUCGGGGUGAGUUUUGGGGGCGGACAAAAGAGAAAAAGGAGGAUCCAGCAGAAGUCAGCAUCCUUUGCCCUCUCCUCUGCAAGUGCUAGUGGCUGCAGGUUGAGUGGCGACACUGUAUUGCAAUAAAAAGUCCAUGUCCUGAUGCGAUUCAAUGCUGCUGAGGGGCGCUACAGCCCAGGCAGCUUUCACUAACAAGCAGGAUCGGUGAGUUCACUUGUGAACUUGGCUCAAGACAGAUGACAGUGGAACGCAAAGAAAGAGGGAGAUUUCACACAAGUUGAAAUGAGCUCUUAGCCUAAGUUUGGCUAACUGAUGCCGUCUUAAUACCACUGAGGUAUAUUCUAUGUGAGACAUUACCUUGAACAAGGCGGAUGAGGGUAAAGAAGAGUGACGAAGAGGGAUGCCUAUGUAAAAGCAGCAUAGCGCAGGCCAACCCCCUGUGAAAAUAUAUAUGAAAUAUAUUACAGAUUAAAACCAAAAAGGGAAAAAGAAAUUUAACAAUUAUUCCAGACUAUUGGUGAGGAAGACCAACAGUUAAAAUAACAUUUAAAUUAAGAGUUCCGGUCCAAUAAAAUGAUUAGACACUACAUCCUUUGGCCAAACAAAACAAAGAAAAGAACAGGUGGUGAGGUUGACAGAUUGCCUCAAUAAGACAAAUUAUCAUCUGUACUGGCUGUAUGUGUAUGUACAGUCUUUGUGUGUAAGAUAUGCUGACACAUAA